AUACGUGGGAAUUCCACAAUUUCCGAACUCUAAUUGCUCGAAUUGCUCCGAUCGUGUAUUGUGCGUGUAAGUUAUGUUAGGUUAUGUUAGCUAAACGCACGUGGUGUGUCCCGUUUCACUUUUUAAUUGCAUCUUUAUACACUUUCUACACUCAAAACUGAGACGAAUGUAUGUAAUUCAGGUAAUUCUGCUCAAUUUUGCAAAGGAGUGGGAAAAAAACGAGAUCUCAAAAGUGCAAAUGCAACGUGUAUAUUCCAUGUGUGCGUACAAUCGACGGCAUAAAUAGGAUAACAGUGGUGAGUAGACAGAAUAGACUGUAGAGAAUUCCUUUUUAUACCUAUAUGUAACGGAAUAUUCUCGGGAACGUUCGGAAGCGUUUCGUAGAGUUUGAACGAAACAACGAAAGAGAAAGAGAUAGAUCUAUUAAAACUACAUUAUUCCACAAGUAUGGUUCCUGGAUUUUAGCUGACUCUGCACUUGCAGUAAUUGAUGAUAUUUAUCAGUUCAUUCGAUCAGAGGAAUCAGAGGAAUUACAAAAAGUAUUGUGUAGUUACUGUUAUCUCGAAGGUUGAACACAUAGUUUUUUAUUGACAUAAUAUCUGCAUCUUGAAACAUUAUGUGGAAUUGUAUUUUAUAUAUCUUUAAAUUACUGACACAUUAAUUAAUACAGCCAUUUAUCGUACACAUAACUUAAACAUAAUUAUUUCAAUAUAAUAUUUAAGUAAUUCUUUCUUGAGUUUCUACAUAUAUCCGACCUUCGAAAAAUAAUUAUGUCUCAUGCAAAGAGAACUAGAGCAAAAAGUGAUGAUUUGUCAAGUGAAAAAAAACUCAAACGAUCGAAUUCAAACGUCGUAGAUUAUAUGACACAAAUACAAACGAAUUUAAGAAUUAAAAAUGUAGAUAUAAAGGAACAUACAUCUACCAUAUCUGAACCUGUUCCUAAUAAGAAAGCAAAAGAAGAUACCUCUGAGCAUGCAAUAUCUACAAUAUCUGCAUUUAUCUCUGAUAGAUUGUUAUCAAUUGAACAAGAGCUUUGUAGCAAAUUGCAAGAUAUUACUUUUCCACCAUCCAUACAAUAUAUUUACAAUCCACUCGAAUAUGCAUCUGAAACACAUGCCAUGUAUGUACACAAGUAUUGUACUGGCAUAAAAAAGAUCUUGUUUGUUGGUAUGAAUCCUGGACCAUGGGGCAUGUCACAAACUGGUGUGCCAUUUGGAGAAAUAAAUAUGGUGCGAGAUUGGCUCAAAAUCUCUGGUCCUGUUGGCAAACCCUCAAAAGAACAUCCUGAUCGAAAGGUGAUAGGAUUCCAAUGUACACGCAGUGAAGUUAGCGGAUUAAGAUUGUGGAGCCUCUUUCGAGAAUUAUGUGGAAAUCCCGAGAACUUUUUCCAAAAUGCAUACAUGCACAAUUAUUGCCCACUGGCAUUUAUGGAUGGGAAAGCUCGAAACAUCACACCGGCAGAAAUAAAGGGUGAUGGACAAAAGAUUUUACAUGAGGCUUGCGACAAAUCCCUGAUAGAUAUAAUACAACUUCUGAAAGUAGAAAUCGUCAUUGGCAUUGGCAACUAUGCCGAAAAAAGAGCACAGAUUGCAGUCCAAACAGGAGGUCUUCCAGUACAGGUGAUGGUUCUGCGACAUCCCAGUCCAAGAGCAGUAGGUAAUCAAAAUUGGAAUGAAAUAGCUAAGCAGCGGCUAAAUGAGUUGGAAUUACUUAAAUAUUUUGACAAUGCAAGUAUUACUGCUGUCUAAUUUUUCUUUUGUGUAAGAUACUAUUAUUUUUAAAGGUAUAAUCAG